AUGUGCAGAAUGGAGACUGACUGCAAUCCCAUGGAGUUGCCCAAUAAUACAGCGUUCGUAGAGGAUUCCGAUUAUAGAGACUUUGAAGGAACAGAUGUGAAAGAUAUGAGACUAGAAGCCGAAGCUGUUGUGAAUGAUGUUCUGUUUGCUGUCAGCAACAUGUUUGUCUCAAAAACCCUUCCCUGUGCAGAGGAUGUGGCAUAUAUCAAUGUGGAAACCAGAGAAAGGAACAGAUACUGCUUGGAGCUCACUGAAGCAGGACUCAGGGUAGUAGCUUAUGAUUUUGAUCAGACUGAUGACAGAUUGCAAACUCCAUACCAUGAAACUGUCUACUCCUUAUUGGACUCUCUCAGCCCUGCAUAUCGACAGGUGUUUGGAAAUGCAUUACUACAAAGAUUAGAAGCUUUGAAGAAAGAUAGUCAGUCAUGA